GAAGUCGGUGACUGUUAGCCUUGUCCCGAACGGCAAAAAUCCAUUGUCCAAGGAAGUAAAAAACUUUAUAAGCGGUGAGGACAACCCAAGAAACUAUUCUCCGACAGAACACACACAGCGAAGAAGUUGUCUGAAAACCUCUCAAAAUCAAAAAAAACUGUUGAAAGAUGGCGAGAGAAACUAGUUGUUUGAGCAGAAUCGCUGCCGGAACUGCCAUCGGCGGCGCACUUGGCGGCGCUGUAGGUGCUGUCCAUGGAACUUACCAGGCGAUUAGGUUGGGGGUCCCUGGGCUUAUGAAGAUAAGGUACAUAGGGCAAACAACCAUUGGCAGCGCAGCGAUCUUCGGACUUUUCCUAGGUGCGGGAAGUUUGAUACACUGUGGAAAAUAAGCGUUGUCAAGUUUGUGGUCUUAUGGUGAUCUGAAAAACAUUUAGCUUUUUAUUUGAUGAAUGUUUUGGAUGAAUUGUCUCAUGUGUUUCUGCCGCUAUAUGAAUUAUCAUCUUUUGGAUUUGGUGCUUGUUAUUCGUUCUUUUGCCUACCGUACUCUUGUUAAUGGAAAGAUCAUGUUACAAAUA